AGCCCCAAUCGGGGCGCUACCAGUCUGCAGGAGGUAUUUUAAGCCAUUAGUUGCACAAGUUGAUGAUGUUGGGCAGCGGCGGAUGACACGCCGCACAAUCCAGAAGUGGAUGAUGGCCACUCGGUCUCCCGCGAAGGAAUCGCUUGGAGGAAAGUGCGUGGGCAAGAACUGCAGCAAACUGCAAGAGAAUACUGGGCGCCGGGCGCACAUGGUCCUGUCGCUCGACAUCGCUCCCUGGCCGUCUUGCUCCAGACGAUGGUGGCUAGAAGCAUGGGUAACCAAAAGACCUUCUGCCUGCAAGAGCAUGGGCUCAGCAGCCCGUCCAAGGGAGGGCGCCUCGGGAGCCGUACGUGGAUUGUUCAGGUGAGCAGCUCCUUCCUUUGGCUUCUUCAUCCUUCUUUCUUUCUGCUUUCCUUCUUUCUUUCUGCUUUCCUUCUUUCUUUCUGCUUUCCUUCUUUCUUUCUGCUUUCCUUCUUUCUUUCUGCUUUCCUUCUUUCUUUCUGCUUUCCUUCUUUCUUUCUGCUUUCCUUCUUUCUUUCUGCUUUCCUUCUUUCUUUCUGCUUUCCUUCUUUCUUUCUGCUUUCCUUCUUCUUCUGGCUUCCUUUCUCCCCUUCUAUCCUUGCUCCUUUGGCUAUUUUCUCCGUCGGUUACUGCGCCGCUCCCCCAGAAAGGGGGAAGAAUCCAGACUGGGAAGGAUUCGCCAGCUAGGAGUGCAAUAGAUGGUGGUUUUGUUCUUGGUGGGCAACGGGGCUUGCUACACAUCAACGGACCAAGCAGUGCUGG